AUGUUCAUUAAUGAUUUACCCUCUAUUUUUGAUAACACGGUCGAUAUACUGCUAUUUGCUGAUGAUGCAAAAAUUUUCUCUACAAUUUAUUCUCCUUCAGAUGCUUUAAAUUUGCAAGCUAAAUUGGAUAAAUUUGUAAUAUGGACUCACCAAAAUAGUUUAUCUCUAAAUAUAAACAAAUGUAAUGUUAUUACCGUUUCACGCAUCGAUAAUCCUAUUAGCUUUGAUUACAAAAUUGAUAAUUGUUUCGUUACAAGAGCGACUUCUAUUAGAGAUUUAGGGAUUAUUAUUGAUUGCAAUUUGUCUUUCAUCACCCACAUUAAUACUAUUACUAAGAAAUCUUUUAAGAUGCUUGGCUUUAUCAACCGAAACACAGUUAAUUUUAAAAAUGUAAAUGCCUUGAAAAUAUUAUUUUCUGCGCUUGUUAGAUCUCAUCUUGAGUUUGGAUCAAUAGUCUGGUCACCUAGUUACAACACUUUUAUUAAUACAAUUGAAAAUGUACAACUUAAAUUCUUAAAGUUAUUAUGUUACAAAUUAAAUAUUCCACUUAUUUCAAAGAACUCAUACAAUAUGCGAAUGAGUGAGUUGAGCUUUAUAUCUUGUGAAGUAAGAAGAAAGGUUGCUGAUAUUAUGUUUAUAUAUGAUUUGUUAAAUGGUCACAUUUUUUCCCCAGAUAUGCUAUCAAUGAUAUCAUUUAAUACAGCGAAUCACUGUUUAAGAAAAUCAAACUUAUUUCAUGUUCCAUUUUAUAAUAACAAUUACAGCUCCACUUGUUACUUUCCAAGAGUAAUAAAAGUAAGUGGCGGUUUCUAUUAUCCUUAUGAUCUCGAAAACUACCUGACCGAUUUACUUGAAAUUCAACAUAGAUAUUCAGCUACAUCUGAGGAAGGUCAGAACCGACAUGAAAACCCUAUUUGA